UAUCGGGCAAAGCGGAGCAGCUUAUCUGAUCUCAUCAUCCCCAUCCAUGUAUGAAUGCCCUCUACUUGGCAUCCUUUCUCCCCCCCUACCCCUCCCUUUAUCAUGGCCAAUGCACCGUCAAUCCAGGUAAAGAAUUUGUCUUAUCGAUUCCAGGAUGGUUCGUCCGGCCUGGAAGAUGUAAACCUCGAUUUACCUGCCGGGAGUCGAACGUUACUCAUCGGGGCCAAUGGAGCAGGCAAAACCACCCUUCUACGCUUGCUAGCGGGUAAACGCCUCGCGCCGGAUGGCACGAUCACCGUGGGGGGCAAGGAUCCCUUCAAAGAGGGCCUGGAAGGGGUAACGUAUCUAGGCGUGGAGUGGGUUCUUAACAACAUUGUUCGGACGGACAUGGAUGUCCCUACAUUGCUGGCUUCCGUGGGCGGGGACGCCUACCCUGAGCGACGUGACGAGCUUGUGGAUAUUCUCGAUAUUGACUUGCGUUGGCGCAUGCAUGCUGUCUCCGAUGGAGAGCGCCGCCGUGUCCAGUUGGCCAUGGGUUUGCUCCGACCCUGGCAAGUCCUACUUCUCGAUGAAAUCACCGUUGACCUGGAUCUGCUAUCCCGGCAUAAUUUCCUCUCUUUCCUCAAGCGCGAAACCGAAACUAGACCCUGUACCAUAGUGUACGCUACGCAUAUUUUGGACAAUUUAUCGCAAUGGCCGACAAAUUUGGUACACAUGAACCUUGGAAAUGUCAAGCAAUGGGGUCCAAUUGAAAAAUUCCAGGAAGAAGUACCCGCAACGUCCGAGAAUAGUCAACUUGGAGAACUCGUUCUAAAAUGGCUCAAGGAAGAUCUAAAAGCUAGAGGUCCUAGAAACGGACGACACGGCCAAGCUAAGACCUACGAGUCGUUUGAUGGAAUGGGAGGAUAUGGGCUCGAAAAACGUGAUUAAUCCGUUCCUUUGUCUUUAUCGGACUCUUCCUCGUUUCAAUCUUGUCUUUUCAUCUUUCUUUCUUUGCAGCUUAUUCAACAAAACUUAGACGAUGCCAUGGGAUGCAUGUAAGGAGGAACGUGAAGCCAAACGCGGCGGAUAUAUUCAACAUUCCAGGAGUUCGAUAUUCAUAGACCUGACCAAUGAUCUUUGCUUUUAAUUUGCAUAUUCAAGUCAUGCUUCAUCUCACGAGACCAUAUUAGAAACAGCAUAUAUACGCGUCGAGGUAUCUUCACUAGCGACAGCAAGCUUAAGACUAUAUUCGUCUUG